GAUAUAAAACCAAAAAAAUCUUAUUUAUUGGUAUAAGAAACAGAUAUUGUUUAAUUUGUCAGAGAUCGAAAAAUGCAAAAAAGUCUGAAGUUCCAAAACACACUUGUUUUUUUAAAUUGGAACAAUGCUUCAACAGCGAUGGAGGCUGAUGCUGUUGCCGAAGGGUUCAAACGAAGCAUUGAAUUACAUGGCUUAAAAUUUAAUAAACUAAUUGGUGAUGGUGACUCUAGUGUCAGCAAAAGAUUGUUGGAAAUGAGACCGUAUGGUCCUAAUUUCCAUAUUGAAAAAAUUGAAUGUAGAAACCAUUUAUUAAGAAAUUAUGGUACAAAACUGGCUGCUAUUGUAAAAAAUAGUAAAUUCCCAAUACCAUUGCGAAACCAUAUUUCAAGUAAUGCAAAGCGAUUUAGAUCUGCUAUCACUAAAGCCAUAGACUAUCGGAGUAAGUUGAUUAGUCAAACGAAACAUCAAAAAGUCUCCGGAUUACGUAAAGAUAUUACAAAUAGCUUUUGCCAUAUCAUGGGUAGUCAUAAGCAUUGUGAAAAAUAUUUUUGUAACGGAAACAAAUCAAAUGAACUUGAUUUGUUAGAUGACGCGGAAAAAUGUGGCCUAGUAAGAGAAAUAAAUCAAAUAGUUGGACGACCAGUUAUGCACACUGAAAGUUUAUUGUUGAACGUGGACAAUAAUGUGUGUGAACAGUUCAACAGUAUUAUAAAUAAACACUUGUGUGGAAAACGGAUCAAUUUUUCAUUACGAAAUUCGUAUAAUACAAGAAUUGAGUCUGCUGUUGUAUCAUAUAAUACUUCAGGUCAAUUUUUACGUUCAUUACACAAACAUGCAGUCAAUGAAAUUAGUCCUGGUAAUUUAGUAAAAUAUAUAUGUUAUAAAAACUAGUUAAAUAUUAUGCCAAUAUUGUUAUAAUUUAU